AUGAAGUAUUUUGAUGUUGAAGCCAAAACAUGGAAACCAUUGGCAUGCGCAAUACCAGCAAUUGAAGCAACUGAGUGUCACUGUGCAGUCUCUGUUGGCAGCAAGUUGUUUGUUGCUGGGCUUGACCCCUCAAGGUGUUGUAUUUUUCAGUAUGAUACAGAAAAAGAUGAAUGGGAAAAGCUGCUUCACCGAUGUGGUCUAAUCCAUAACUUGUGUGUUAUUGAUGAUCAUAUGUAUGCAAUUGAUUCAAAUCUGUUGGUUCCUGAAAGAUACAGUUUUGCCAAACGUCAAUGGCAAAGUAUUGCACUAAUAGGUACAAGAGGCGGAAAUUAUCGUCCCUGCAAAAAUGGAGCAAUAAUCCAUUCAAAAGUGUUUGUACUUUGUGGAAAUACAUCAAAGUUGCCAUCUGGGGAUUUUUCCCCAGCAGUACUUAAUUGUUUUGAUCCAGUAAAGAAUGAAUGGGAAGUGAAAGCAACAACCUGGCAGCCUCACUUUGAAUCCAGUCUUAUUGUAGUAGACAAUAGACUCUAUGUUGCAGGGGGAUGUGUUUCAAUAUUCAUGGAUAAUCAGGGUAGAUAUAUUGCAUGCGGUAGCCGUGCGCCAGUUGAAAUGUAUAAUGAGGAAAGCAACACUUGGUCUGUCGUUGAACAAAAACGCAUUCCAACGAACAACCUUGGUGCAGUGGAAAUAGAAGGGAGGGUGUAUUUCACAAUAAACAAUUUCCCAAUUGACAGUGGCAUAAGAAUUCCCCCAGGGGAGUUAUACCCUGUUUAUCUCGGGGAGUGGGAGAAUUUAAGAAAAAUUGGCAAAAGUGCAGCGCUGUGUUAUUUGCCAGUAAAGCGAGAAAGUUUGAAAACAGAGUGA